ACAUACAACAUACGCAGCUGCAUGAAAUUUUGUUUCAUUAAGGGAAAAAAUAUGUUUCAUUCCGACGUCGGACGGCACUGUCACAACAGAUGAAUAUCAUUUCUGAUCACACACUACGCACGGAUGUGACCUAAUUGAAAUCAUCCAACUCUACAAAAUGUAGCCGGGGACCAGCUCUACUCUAAUUUAUUCUAGUCCGUUUUCUCUCAUCAUCCAUUUAAUUCGAUCCCUGUGCGCACUGUUACACCACACAUGGAGCAGCGCAAUGCUAAUCUGACGGUGAGCACGGAGAACGAGGAGAGCUCCAUCUCCGCGCCGCGCUGCUCAGAUUCCGACUCAUCGGACAGUGAGAAUGAGACGGAAUCCGGAGGGAAGAACUUCCAUCGGCGCGUGUCAACGAAUCGCACACUGAAGAAUUCGGUGGUUGUCAAAGAAGGCUGGCUCCUCAAGCAGACCACUCCGUUUCAGAGAUUACAUCGCCGGUAUUUCAAGCUGCAAGGGAAAAAACUCUAUUAUGCCAAAGAUCCAAAUUCUGCGAUAUUUGAAGAAAUUCCCCUGACGGAUAUCUCAUUAGCGGAACACGGCGAGAAGAAUGCCAAUAAUGUCUUUCAGUUAAUUUCUCCAUUCCAAAACCUCAUACUAUGUGCGGAGAAGCGGCGCGAUAUGGAAGAAUGGAUAACGGCACUGAAGGCCGUCUCCAGUCGGGAAUAUUAUGACGUGGCCGAACAAGUCAGCCUCUUCUCCGGCCAGCACAACUGGUACAUUUGUUCGCAUGCCCGGCCGACAUACUGCAACAUCUGCCGGGAAGUGUUGUCGGGUGUGGCCAGCCGGGGAUUGUCGUGUGAAGUUUGUAAAUUCAAGGCUCAUAAACGUUGCGCCGUGAAAGCCCCUAAUAACUGCAAGUGGACCACUUUGGCAUCCAUGGGCCAAGAAAACAUUAUCGAAGAUCCUGACGGGACCAUUCACAUGCGGCAUCAGUGGCUAGAGGGGAACUUGACCGUGAGCGCCAAGUGUAGUGUCUGCGAGCGGACAUGCGGGAGUGUGCUGCGGCUGCAGGAUUGGCGUUGCCAGUGGUGCAAAGCAAUGGUGCACACUCAGUGCCUGAAUGCGUUUCCGGAGCGUUGUGCUCUGCUGCCGGCCUGCCGGUUCUCCACGGUGCCUCCAACACUCUUCAAUCACUGCGAGAACGAUGUGGUGUGCGUGAGUGAUCCGCUGGGCUCGGCCGUCAGCUCGCGCCGCUAUUCACCGCAAGGCCUGUCGCCCCUCCUGGUCUUCGGCAAUUCCAAGAGCGGCGACAAUCAGGGCGUCAAGUUCCUGCGCCGCUUCAAGCAGACGCUCAAUCCGGCGCAGGUUUUUGAUCUCAUGCAGAGUGGCACCACGCUUGGGCUGCAACUGUUUAAGAAAUUCGACUCUUUCCGGGUGUUAGUAUGUGGCGGCGAUGGCAGUGUGGGCUGGGUCCUGCAGGAUUUGGAUGCACAUAAUUUAUUACGCAAGUGUCAGGUAGGCAUUUUGCCACUGGGUACCGGCAACGAUCUGGCCCGUGUUUUGGGCUGGGGCUCCACCUGCGACGCCGACACGCCGCUGGCCAGUCUCCUGGAGAAAUACGAAUGGGCCAGCUCCAAACUGCUGGAUCGGUGGAGCAUCAUGGAAUACUACGAUUCCCUGCCCCUCCCGGCCACACCGUCCCCUCCCGCUCCCCACCACCGCGUUCUCCUGCCCAACGCCGACCCCAUCGCGGCCUACGAGGACUCCGUGGCGUCGCAUCUCUCGCGCAUCAUCCUGUCGGAAGAGGAAUGCGAAGUGAUCCAAUCGGCGCGCGUUCUCUGUGAGACCAUCAAGGAUUUUGUGGCCAAAGUGGGCGCGGCGUUCGCUCAGGAUGAACGGGACCAUGAGAGCAUGAGCAGAAAGUGUCAAGUGUUGAAUGAGAAGUUGGAUCGGCUGCUGGAUACCCUGCACCAUGAGUCGGAGGCUACGGCGGCGGUACAAGUGGCGCCGGUAGCGGGUCUGCCGGUGCCGGCGGAUGCCACGCCGUCCCGGAGUGGAUCGGUGCAGCGAGCUCUGAAGACACCGCCGUCCGAUCGACGUCGUGCCUUCAUUCAGCAGGAUGUGAUCCUCUCACGUGCCAACAGCCUCAAGAAAGCCGUCCGCCAGAUUAUUGAGCACACGGAAAAAGCGGUGGAUGAACAGAAUGCUUUGCGUGUUCCGCGAGUUUUGGCGCGCGGACAGUCCCGGUCGGCUGAGAACGUCAUUCAGGCGAUGCCCGAGUCGGUGCCUGGUGGUGCGGAUGCAUCGGGAUCGCAGGACACGAUCUUUAAUUUUCCGCCGCAUCCGCCCGCUGCCAAUGAUUUUCUAAAAAAUUCUCCUUUGGAUCUCGCCUCGCCAUCAUCUGUUUUGCAUUCCGGUGGUCGUGCCAAAUCUGGCCGUCAUCCCUGGAUCACUUCGCCUCCACUGACUCAGCCCAUUCCUCAUGUGAAACGUGGUUUAAUGACGAAUGUGGCCACGGGCACUAGUCUCAUUACCCGGGUGCUUUUGGCCAAUGCCGAUGCCUUAUCGAAGAUCGGAUCUCCUACUCAAGCGCACAGCCGCGAGAAUAUCUCAUUGGAAGCGUUUAGUGAGCGCUGCGUGAUGAACAACUAUUUCGGCGUGGGUCUGGACGCUAAAAUCGCGCUGGAAUUUCAUCAGAAGCGCGAGGAACACCCGGAGAAAUGCCGUUCCCGCACCAAAAACAUGAUGUGGUACGGUGUACUGGGCGUGAAGGAGCUACAGAAACGCACGUACCACCAUCUGGAACGGAUUGUCCAGUUGGAAUGCGAUGGUCAGCCCAUUCCCCUGCCGAGUCUCCAAGGCAUCGUCGUGCUCAACAUACCUUCUUAUAUGGGUGGCGCUAAUUUCUGGGGCGGUGUGAAGGGCGACGAUCUGUUCCGUGCGCCGGCCUUCGACGACCGCAUGCUGGAGGUGGUGGCCGUGUUCGGGACGGUGCAGAUGGCCGUGUCGAAGGUGAUCCGCAUCCAGCACCACCGGAUCGCCCAGUGCCGCAGCGUCAAGAUCAUCAUCAAAGGCCUGGAAGGGAUCCCGGUGCAGGUCGACGGGGAGGCAUGGAUCCAGCCGCCGGGCUGCAUCCAUAUCGUCCACAAGAACAAGGCGCAGAUGCUGUGCCGGGAUCGGCAGUUUGAAAGUGCCUUUAAGAUCUGGCAGCAACAACAGUUGUCGUUGUGCCCGUUGUCAUCCAAGAACAACUGCGAUGUUAACUGUGGACCGGCGAUGUUGUCCGAACGAGAAUUACAGUUAAUUCAGGAUUUUGUCAGGGUGUGCGCACGACUUAUUCGCAGUGUGAAGCUGGCCGCCAUGGCAUGCCCGGAGAUCGAAGACGAUAUCGCUCACAGUGUCAUCAAAGCAUCAGAAUCAUUGGACCAUCUAACGCCCUACGGACGCCUGACAAACAUUGAGCCUGAUUCGGUGCCGAAUAUCAAGUUCGUGGCCAGUCGUUUAUUGAACUCCAUUCGGGAGCUGCGCGACGAAGCCAGUGAAUUGCUACGAGCCAAACCGACAACGCUGGUGUUGCCGGCCGAUACGGCGUUGGAGCUUCAGGCGGCCGUCAAUGAAGUGGACCAGUAUGUGCAGAUGAUCGUCGAUGCCGGGUUGGCGGUUGUCUGCGAUGAUCCGGACAGUUCUCGGGACAAUCUGGCCAGCACCAGCACCGGGUCCGCCGGCACCGUAGGCGAACUGGGCCGCACCUUCCGCAGCCGCUUCCUGGGCCGGUUCCAGUUCCGGCGCGGUGCACAGCGACCGCCCGAAGGGGAAUCGCAGUAUAAAUACCCUAGUCUAUCCGUGCGUGAGUGGACAAGUGAAGAUGUCGCCCUGUGGCUGCAUUCCCUGCAUCUGGGCGAAUAUAAGGAUGUGUUCAUCUCCCAUGAUAUCCGCGGAAAUGAACUCAUCCAUCUGGAACGACGGGAUCUCAAGGAUCUGGGUAUAACCAAAGUUGGCCAUUUGAAGCGCAUUCAACAGGCCAUUCGCGAUCUCAUCCUCAACGUUAGCGACAGUUCGGCGUUGUGAACACAGCUGCCCUGUGUUUCUUUCCCACAGAUGUUUAUUCCAUGGAACCGGUUGGAUAAUUAAUAUAAUGUCGUGUCUUUUGUCGGUCAUGCGCGAUCUUUUUUUUACUCUCCAGUGCGCGCGUUUUUUGGCGUUUUAACUCAGCGUUUCACCGGACAUUUUUUGUCGAUUUUUUGUGUCAAAAAAGGCAUCGGGUUCUUUUUUUUGCUCCUUUUGCAUACGAGAUUUUUAUCAGUAUGGAUGAUCACGUUUUUUGCCUUCUUUUGCGAAAUGGAUUCUUCUGUGUUUUAUAGAGAUAGAUUUUAUGCAGAUAACGUGAAUGUGGCAAGAUGUGUUUUUUGUAUUUGCCCAAAUCAUUGCGUUGAUCAAAACAUUAUUAAAGCGUGAUGCAAGUAA